AUUAUGUACCAGUUGAUUUCUGUGGUUUAACAAAGUCGCGUCUGGAAUUGUCGAAUUGCAUUGGUAGGAAAACAUUUCAAACGCAUUUCUUGAGCAUUUCUUGAGGAAAUCAUCAUGAAGGUGGUGUGGUCAACCUUUCUCGUAUUUUUUGCCUUACAUGCCGAGAGUUUGUCAGAGGGCGUGCCUCCAUUCCACCCAGAAUCAAUCGAAAACAUCUUAUUUCCGAAUUCUCAAGAAGUAGAACUAAAGUCCUUCCGCGUUCCGUCGCCACGAUUCCGUCUGCCAACUUCUUUUGACCCAUAUCACUAUGCAAUUAAAAUACGGCCAAUUUUAGAAGUAAUUACAGGCGAUUUUCCCCAGUGGUCAGCCCCUGGAGACGUGACGAUUUUCGGGACAUGUGCAUUCCCUACUACAAAUAUCACGCUUCAUUCUCAGGUGGCAAUUAACGAGGCUUCCGUAAAGGUCGUAAACACUGUCACACAAGAAGAGGUCGCUGUUGUGGGUCACUCGUACGACACGGAAAAGACGUUUUAUAUAAUUGAGCUUGGGACCUCGCUGAGUGUUGGCAUUCAGUACUCCGUCUACAUUGAGUACGUCGCUGAGGUUUAUCUGGAAAACUUGGAAGGUCUGUAUCGCAACCAUUAUGACGACCCAGACACAGGAGUGACCAAAUAUUCAAUCGCUUCUCAGCUUCAAGCAUUUGGAGCUCGUAAAGUAUUUCCCUCCUUGGAUGAGCCUGCCAUGAAGGCGACAUUUGAUGUGAAACUUGGUCGACGAAGCAAUUAUUCGAGCAUAUGCAAUUCUCCACUUGUGGAUUCCUCGCCAAUUCCCGGGAUGGAUGAUUGGUUCUGGGAUACGUUCAACACAACUGUGAAAAUGCCAACGUACUUGCUGGCGGUUAUCAUUUCAGAUUUCACUUACGACGAAGCAAGUCCCGACAUUUUCCACAAACCUGUUCGGACGUACGGACCUAAACACUUGAUUGAUGAAGGACACGGUGUUGUUCCAUCUGAAAUAGCAGCAAAAGUUCUCUAUUUUUUCGAAGAAUUUUUCGAUGUCGAAUAUUCCAUGCAUAAAAUGGAUUCUGCAGCUAUAAUUGACUUUCCAGCUGGCGCCAUGGAGAAUUGGGGUUUGAAUAUUUACAAGGAUGCUUAUUUGCUCUAUGCGCUUGACCAGAAUAAUGAAAGAGAACGUCGUGGCGUUGCUCUUACGUUGAGUCAUGAGUUGGCGCAUCAGUGGGCUGGCAACUUGAUCACCUGCGACUGGUGGACGAUGGCGUGGUUGAACGAGGGAUUUGCGACCUAUCUCUCUUACCAGGGGAUGGAAUACACAAAUCCAGAGUAUGAGGGACAGAAAGCUCUGCAAUAUGACUGCAUCAUGAAUGCAAUGCGAAAUGACAUUCUCGACAAUUCCCACCCGACCGUCCUUCCCGACAAAGGAAACCCGUGGGACACAAUGACCUACAAUGCAAAUUUGGUUUAUUCAAAGGGAGCGGCGUUGAUGCGUAUGAUGGAAGGAUUUCUGACUCUGGGAACUCUGCAGAAGGCCCUCCAGACCUAUAUGAAGGCAUACUCAUUCCAAGCAGCCAAUCAAGAUCAACUUUUUCUAAUUUUAACUGGACAAGCUAACGCCGAUGGUCGCCUGCCCGUUGGUUCCACUAUGAAGGGAAUUAUGGAUACGUGGACAUUGCAAAAGGGGUUUCCUUUGGUGAAAGCUACUCUUAAUAACAACGCUGUAGUUUUGACUCAGGAGGAAUACAGACCGGACAAUGAGACAAGAAUUUACUUUAUCCCAAUUGCUAUAGCCUCUCAGAGCUCUCCUAACGUUGAUAACACACUGCCACAGUUCUGGCUAUUCCAGCAACCAAAUGGAAUCCCGAUUACGCAUAAUCCUGAUGAAUGGUUUGUUGCCAAUUCUGGUGGCACAGGUUACUACCGAGUGCAGUAUGAUGCUGUGUUAACGCAGAAAAUUCAAGACCAAUUAGUUGUAGAUCAUGAAAUCAUCAGUUUAGGAAGUCGUACGCAGUUCAUAGAUGAUUAUUUCACCCUGGCAUUCGCAGGUCGUGAGGGUAUUGAGGCAGCGCUUGGUUUCACCAAGUACAUGGACAAAGAACAAGAAUCAUCCGUUUGGAAUGCGUUGACUUAUCACUUGCAAAUACCCAGACGGCUCAUGCUUGGGCGACCAGAGUCUGAAGGAUUUAAGGACUACAUGCUUGCGAGAGUAUCAUCAGUUUUGACCCAACUGCAAAAUUCAAGUGAUGUGAACGUUGGGGCAGCCAAUUUAUUCUAUGUCGCACUGGUGGAUGCAUCCGUAGCAUUUGGUAACCAAGAGGUCUACAACUUGGCAAAUCAGUACUAUACUCAAUGGCAACAAAAUCCUGCUGUGAAUCCAAUUCCUCCAUUAUUGAGAAGAAACAUGCACUGUGCUGCCGCACGGGACCUAAACGAUGAGAAUUUCAUGUUUGCUCUAAAUGCUUUUAUGGGUCAAUCGGCGUCAUCCAGAACUGAGAUUAUCCAGGGACUCGCAUGUCGCAGUGAUCCGGCCACUCUUGAACUCUUAUUGGGCGUGACCACAGGGACAACUGCGGAAAUCCCUAGAGAAUACUCGCAGGCAGUAAUUACUGCAAUUGCUGGAGUUUAUGAGAACAUUGGUAACAUGAUUCCCUUCCUGAUGAACAACUUUGACGCCAUUUCCGAGUACCAAGGGAGCCAGAGGUUGAUUGCCAACGCUAUCAGAGACCUUUGUAAUCUACAUUCAACCAGCACGGAAAGCAGCAUUAUCAACACCUUCGUCACAAUGAACCGAAGCAAGUUCACAGAUCCCGCAGAUCUUACAAUUAUUGACAAUGCGCUCGUUACUUUGCGAAACAAUAUCGCCUGGAUGGAAGCAUUUGGAAAUCCCAUGAACACGUGGUUUAACAACAACAAAAAUAACUGAUUGAUUUGAAAGCAUUGAAAUUACCAGCUACUAUAUUAAGUGUACAAAUUGGCUUCCCAUUCUAUACAUUGUAAUCUUCAUGAAUUGAGAUUAAAUGGGUUUUAUUGCACCAAGCGAUAA